UCAGCAAAACUCAAGAGUAGAAAAGGUGUUGUGUGAAUUGACAAGUUUCACAGAGAUGGCUUUCAGAUUCAGCUUGAAACCUUGCGUUGUUGUUCUGUAUGUGUUCUUGAUAAGUUACUCGGUGUUGGUUAGGGAUGUUGAUGCAGCUGGAGAGUGUGGGAGGACCCCGAUUAGGUCUGCUGCUGCAAGCUUGAGCCCAUGCUUAGGUGCGGCUGGGAAUGCCAAGGCAAAAGUUCCACCUGCUUGCUGCUCCAAGGUUGCUGCCUUACUCAAGACUUCUCCAAAGUGCCUUUGCGCCAUUUUGCUAUCACCAUUGGCAAAGCAGGCGGGAAUCAAGCCUGGGAUUGCCAUUGGUAUUCCAAAACGGUGCAACAUUAGGAACAGACAAGCUGGGAAAAAAUGUGGAAGUUACACAGUCCCAUAAGCAACCAACCAUAUACGAGAAGAAUUGGCUAUCUCAGUGCAUACCACUGUUUUAGUAGGGAGUGCCAAUUAAUAAAUGAAGUACUGCUAAAUGGUUUCUUGCUGAUUGACCCAUCCAUGCUGUACUUGAUGUAUUCUUAUGUAAUCUCGACAACUUCUGUUGGAUCUCCAUGUUACUUGACCAUGUGCUCUUUUUAUGUUCACUCUAUAUCAUAUAAGUAUUUUGCAAAAACAU